AUGACCGACGAAGAUCGCCGAGUCAAGCGCUCGCGCUUCGACCAAACCGACCCCGAGCCUCGUCGCUCUCGAUUUGAUCGUCGCUCCCGAUCUCCCUCUGCAAGACAAUCCGAGUCAACUCGUACCCGCAGUCCACUGAGUCGCGAGCCGCGCAGCCCGGCUGGAGAUGCUCCGGCAAAGACUGCGGUUGAUCCAGCAGCAGCAGCAGCCGCCGCCGCCGCGAAGAUCAAUGCUCAGUUGCAGGCAAAGAAGGGCAUUCAGCAUGUCGACGUACCACCGAUCCGCUCGACUGAUAGCCCCGGAGCGCAGUCGGACUCGAACGCAGACGGCAACCCCAAGACCGAGAUUUAUGUCGCGGACGGAGACUAUAUCAAGGACAUUGAAAUCAACGACCUACGGAACCGAUAUACCCUGACCAAGGGUUCUACACAAAAAAUGAUCAAAGAUGAAACUGGCGCCGAUGUCACCACCCGAGGAAAUUACUAUCCGGACAAAAAUAUGGCGACCUCUGCCAACCCUCCUCUUUACCUUCAUGUGACCAGCACCAACAAGGAAGGUCUUGAGAAGGCUGUGCAGAUCAUCGAGGAUCUGAUGCAGAAGGAACUUCCGAAUCUAGUCGACGAGCGACGGUUCCGUAGGAGGGAGCCCGAGCAGCAAGUAGAGCGGGACGAGUUUGGUCGCCGUAAAUGGCCCGAUGAGCGGAUUCCUAUUGACCUCGAGCCAAUCCCCGGGUUCAAUCUGCGUGCCCAGGUUGUUGGCCAGGGCGGUGCCUACGUGAAGCACAUUCAACAGAAGACUCGGUGUCGCGUUCAGAUCAAGGGCCGGGGCUCUGGAUUCAUUGAGUCUAGCACUGGCCGGGAAAGCGACGAACCGAUGUUCUUGCAUGUCGCUGGCCCUGACCCUGAUGACGUCCAAGCAGCCAAGGAGCUCUGCGAAGAUCUCUUGGCCAACGUCCGGGAACAGUAUCAACACUUCAAGGACAAUCCCCCACAGCACAAUUAUGGUGGCUACGGCCGCGGCGGUGGAGACCGUUACCACGGUGGUGGCGGAGGCGGAGGAGGCGGAGGCGGCGGUUACAGAGAUCGAUACAACGACCGUCAUCAGCAACAUCACCAGCAAUCUCCCGGUCCCUCUGCCAGCCCCACUGACCCGGCUGCUUCGACCGCUGCUGGUGCCGACUAUAGCGCGUAUGCUCAGUACUAUGGAUCCGCUGACCCCUACGCCGCCUAUGGUGGAUAUCAAAAUUACGUGGCGUACUAUCAAUACUACCAGCAAGCCGCUGCCGCCCAGCAGCAACAACAAGCGUCCGAGGGCCAGGUGCCUCCUCCCCCCUCCUCCAGCUAG